AUGUGUGCAAGCACGAGCCUCACGAGUUACCAGAACGGGCGUUCACAAGGGCGGAAAGUCUGGGCAGGAAAUUUUUCUUUUUUUUUCUUCUUUUGGUUUGCAAGGGAAGUGUCUUGGGACAGUCAAGGAAAGUGGUACUUCUUCACUCCGCGUGAUUACAAGUACAAUAACAGCACUCGCUCCAACAGGACUACAUGGGAAGGGUUUUGGAAGAUCACAGGUAAGGACCGUGCAAUCAAGGCCCCCGGCUCCAAAGCUGUGAUUGGGAGAAAGAGGACCUUGACCUUCUACAAACGUGGAGUGCCGAAAUCCCAGAAGAGCAACUGGGUUAUUCAUGAGUAUUAUCUCAUUCAGGCACAUUCUGAUCCUCCUAAGCAGAUAGGGGACUUUGUUAUCUGCUGCUUGAAGUACAAAUCAGAUAACUCUGAUUAUGAUAAGGAUGCCCCAUUCUGUGAUCGAGGUAGCAGUAGCUGCAGUAUGGCCUCCAAUGUUGAAAAUCAAGCUGAAGAAAACUGGGCAUCGAAAGAGCUGGUAAAUAUUGUUCCAAUUCCCAGUGGAAAUGAUGAUGAAACUGGUGGUGGUAUGAUUACAGAAGAAGAGGAAUACCUGACUUUAGAGGAGGUGGAAGAUAUUCUUCACAUUGGCAAUCCGCAUGAAUUUGAAGGCACGCAAACUGAUCCUUGUCGUAUAGAUAAGAAUGAUCCUUCAACCGCUGUUGAAGGUCAACCUGAUAGAAGCAAUUCAUCUGAUAUGAUUGAAGAGCUACUAGAUGACCCAGAAAAUCUGGAUUCACUCUUUCAUCCGCCUGCACCACCUCAACUGCAUCAGCUACAUCAGUCACCGAUGAAUACCACCAAUAUCCAUAAUGAUGAAUGUCGUAAGAGGACAUAUCCAUUUGAGGAUGAGGACCCUUCUCUUAUGAAGAAUAAUAAUAUCUCAACCAAUGAUAACGACGAAUUAGUUAGCAACAUCGCAUCUAGUUCUGCAAAUCAAGCCGCAAAUAUGAUUCCAGAGGGAUAUUCUCAACUAGGAGCAAAUCUGGGAUCAGAAUUUGAUUCAUUUCUGCCAAAGGAUUACGAUUAUACAUUACCAUCAAUAAACGGAGGACCGAGAGAUUUUUCCCAUGACAAUAAUUUCAUUGAGUUGGAUGAUUUACUAUCUUCAUACGAAGGUAUUGACUCUUCUCUCGCACAGUUCCUACAUACAGUUAUUGAUGGAGGUAGAGGAGUAACCAGUGACAUAAACACCGAAGUAGUACAUGGAUCGGUAAACGAUUAUUCUGCAUUAGCCGUUGGAGCAACGCUCCAGCGUAGCUGAUCAACCUUUAUUUAUAGGAGAAUAUCAAAGGAGGCCUCAGUAAUAAUGUCUUAACUUACAUUAUUACAGUCGGUGAUAUUCUCCUACAAAUGAUUCAAAAAUCUCCAGGUUAUAUGAAAUGCUCAGCUGUGUUGAUUGGCAUACAAUCGCAGCUUUUCUGCAUUUCUUGUACUGGAGGCUUUGGAAACUUCUUAAUCGUUUUGGCAUUCAAUUACAACUCAAGACAGCUGCAACUAGUCUAUACCUGUUUCUCUCUCUUUUUUUUUUUUUUUUUGGGAGUGGGGGAGGCAUUGCUGGUGUCACAGCGUCCCCCAGUGAACUUUUGGUUGAAAGUGAGACCGGCGAAUGCAUAUGGUUCAAAUGCCAUCCGGAAGUCUACCCUUCACUGAUUGUGACGAGUCCAGGCAAAUAAAGGUGUCUCUUCUCAUAAGCAGUUCCUUGGAGGUGGAGCUUCCUCUGUCAACAUUACUACCUAUAUUCAUUCCUCAGAUCAUCUUGUCAAUAUAAGUACCAAUAUUCCUUCCUCUGAUCAAACAUCGUGUCAACCGAAGUACCAAUAUUUGUUCCUCAUAUCCAUGGUUUUCAAAUGUCCUAAAAUCAAAGGACAUAACUAUCCACAUCCCUUUCUUCAGAUCCCCAAUAGUGAAUCCCCAGGAUCACCAAUAGUUGUUCUUUAAACAAAUAGUCGGCAAUUAGUAUGUCCUUAAUUAAGAUCAAAGGACAUACGCAAAACAUCAAUAUCAUCCAAUAUCCAGUCAUUGAGUCAAACAGGGGAGGUGCUCCUAGAAGAAUCCGACUGCAGAGCAGCAUCACAAGCCAAGGUGAGAUAAACAAUCUGAUAACACUAAAGAAUAUCUUUCUUGCAUUAAAUAAAAUUUUACACUGAAGAGGCUAUUUGCUACAGCCUUAACUAAAUCUGGUUUCUGUUUAUAGGUAGUGAAGCUGCAGAGGCAUUAUACUGCUGUUUAUCUGCUCCAGAAGAAACUGAAAGUCCUGGAAGCAGACACUAGUUCAAAGCUGG